GUAUAGAUUGCCGAAGCGAGCACAGCACGGACUCAGUCCUCCAGCAAACUCCACCGGGGACUUGUUGAGCUUGUGUGAACCUACCGAGGGGUAGCUAAUCCUGCCCGGCCGAGGUGUAAAGGCGUUCCAGGCAGGCUGAGCCAGGGCGCAAGAACUUUUCAGCGCCAAAGAUCAGUACAUCUCCAACGGCAUGAAGGCGUGUGCGGUGAUAACGUUAGUGCUUGUGGCAAACACGGCGUAUAUCGGUGUCGAGGCAUGGGGUGGCCUCUUCAACCGCUUUAGCCCCGAAAUGCUGUCUAACCUCGGCUACGGCAGUCACGGCGGCUACAUGAACCGUCCUGGACUACUGCAGCAGUCGCUUCAGGAAGGAUACGGUGGCAUGUACGAAGGGGUCGAACCAACGGAAGAACCAUGCUACGAGAGGAAAUGCGUGUACAAUGACCACUGUUGCCCGGGAUCCAUUUGCGUGAAUCUCGACGGAGUUGUUGGAACAUGCAUUUACGAUUUCGGUAUGAAACAAGGCGAGCUUUGCAGACGGGAUAGCGACUGCGAAACCGGCUUAAUGUGUGCCGAAAUGCCUGGACGCGAAACAAAAUCGUGUCAACCGCCGACCACUUCGAACAAGUUAUACAAUGAGGAGUGCACUAUGUCAAGCGAGUGUGACAUCGGCCGCGGGCUGUGCUGCCAAUUACAAAGGCGACAUCGGCAAACUCCUAGAAAGGUAUGCUCGUACUUCAAGGACCCUCUGGUUUGCAUCGGCCCGGUAGCGACGGAUCAGAUAAAGUCCGUGAUCCAAUACACUUCCGGCGAGAAGCGGAUCACCGGACAGGGCAACCGCCUGUACAAGCGGAUGCCGUUCGCCUAAACGCUCGCGCAUCAUCACGACGACGGAUGGAAAGUAUACAGUAUAAGAUAAGCUACAAGAAAAUCAAAUCCUCUCUUAGUCGUUGUGAAGAUACCUUAAGUCUAAGUCUAUGUCGAUUCGACAUAUUAUCUCGAUCUCCUUCCUAGUCCUAACUCUAACUCCACGCCACGAUACACCGGGAAGUAUGACGAAUAGCGUGCGAACAAAAGUGGAAUUAAAUGUUACUCGGGGAGAUGUUACUUCGAAGAUGUUCCUUCUUCGAGUAUAGCGCGACUGAAAAACCUAUAACAUAUCAUUGUAAGCCGUCUAAAUAGGUCUCUAGGGAUAAGGGACACGCUAGCGUAGUUAUGAUAAGAAAGAGUGCGCUGAUGCAUAAGAGCGCCGUUUGACAAAGAUGUUUCUUAAAUGAUAUAGAAGUAAGAUAUAAAGGGUAUAAUAUAAAUGGUAUAGAGGGAAGCUCGAAUGAAGGUUUACCUACUGGUCUACCGGUUAAACUUUUUUUUUUUUUAAUUAUAGAAAGGGAGAUUAGUGGAGCACUUAAUUAUUCGCGGUAAGUCACGGUCGUAGAAAUAAGAUAUAAAUGAGAGGCGUGCACAAAGGGAGAAGUGGAGUACUUGUUAUCGUCGCAGUAUCAUAUUAGACUAUAUUUUAUUCUAUUAAUCAACAAUAUUUUUCGUUACGCUAAUCUGUAGGAUAUUUCGUCAAAGUCUUCUGUCUUUCAAGAGCAAUUUCUUUUUAAAGCAAUAGAACAAUAGAGCACGAACGCUGACACAACAAUGUCAUUGUAUCGUAAAUGGGAUUUUCUUCAAUGAUUUGAGAAUUUUCGAUGUCGAUACCGCAAAUGAUAAUAUCAUUCAAAUUGCAAAAGGCCUUUCAACUGCAUUUUCAUAUAUUUUCAUUAUAUAUUUUCAUUGCGUAUCAUAAAGUCAAAAUUUAUUUAAUAAUUUCUAAUUUAAUAAUAACAAAAAUAAUCUUAUGCAAGAGAAUAUGAUAUACAAGAAGCGCUUCUGAGUUAAAACAUGUAUUAAAAUGAAAACUCAAUCAAAAUCUAAGAAAACAGUUAAAUAAUUCUAAAAAAGACGUUUCCUAAAUUUGAAAUGUUUCCUUGGAUUUUUUUAGAAAGCGCUUUGAACUUCUACAUAUUUAUGAAAUGCAAUAUUUCGCAAUCUUGAAUAAAAUGAAGAAAAUGCAGCUAAAAGGAACAGAAAGAUUAUCAACGGUUGCAAGUUGACUUACAUCUUUAAUUGAGGCUCGAGAGACUCUAAUGAGUCGAGAUGUCAGCGGGACGUGACAAGAAAAGUCGUCUGCAAUGGCGGAAUUAUGACACAAAUAAAAUAAGUACAUUUCUAACAAAUGAUAUUUUUUCAAUUACGAAAACGUUUUCCACUUUAUCGCUAAUAAACGUUUCAAUAUAUGUAACAGUCAUAAAUCAGCCGAACGAUUUGGGAAGCUGUCAGUAAUUAAGAGUCCCUAAUGAGCUCCGAGAAACCGGUUAGGUUUAUUCAUAAGUCUGCCACUGUACGUUCCGUUGAUUAUUCAAACGCACAGUUCGAAGUUAUUUAUUUGUCCUUUCUCAUUUUACACGGUCGUCCGGCGGACGUCGCAAGAAAACGCAAGGUGUCAUUCAGAUGGUUUUAAUGACGGAGAAAUAUUUUCUACUGGGGGAAGAGAACUGAAAGAGAGAGAGGCGCAAGUAUAUUAUAAUACGGUUGAUGUUUCGAGUUUACCCUUAGGAAUCGUACUUAGACGUUUAACUCGACUCUACACGUCGAGAAUACAUUUAUCUCUACCCUUCUCCAAAAGAAACUUCGCACACUGUGUCGGUGUGUAUAUUGUACUCUGUAAUCUAAGUCACAAUUGUGGAGUUGGAAAACGACAUAUUUUAGAAUGUAGGAGAAUUAUUACACUACUGUAAACGAUGCAUAUCAAAGAGGGAAAAAAUUUUUCUCCGCUCUACCUUAUAUUCUGAGAUAUAGCGUUAUAUAUAAAUAUACACAUAACGAAGGAAAAAAGGAGACACUUAAACUCUUAGUGGCAAAAUGUAGGUGUGCGUAUUCAACGUUUAAACACAAAGAUAAAAUUCCAAGCAAGUACCAAGACGAGGAAGUUAUUAAAAAUCGCGGAAAUCGCUCUGUUAAACAUUAAUCGCGGAAAUCACUCUCUGUCGAAUAAUAAAUAUCGCGGAAAUCGCUCUAUUAAUUAUACUAAUGAGAAAUCGUAAUACUAAAUAUACAAUACAUAUCUGUGGCUAUUGUUAUGUGAAAUAUUACUCUGUGGAAAAAUUCAUCAUAAUAUUAAUCGUUAAUGUCGUCAGAGAAAGUAUAAUGUUAAAUAAUAAUCGUUUGAGACCGAUUGCACGAUGUUUUAAGUGUAAUCGUGGGAAGUGCAGUGUUAAGAGUUUUUCGAAAUCGCGUUCGCAUACAACAACACAACACAACAACAACAAGCAACAAUAACAACAACAGCAAACAAGAAUGAUAAAAAUGCUCCAAUCUCAGUAUCCGUAAUAACUUGUUCUUUAUCUUAUUAUUGUGAAGAGAAAAAUCUCUCAGCGAACCGCUGCUUUCCACGCCACUGGUGCUACAAUCGCCCCUGAAGACAUAUUAUCAAUCCUCUACUGUCUCUCGAUAUUUCCGGAAACGUUAAUCUACCUGUGUAAGAGAACUCAAAACAUAUCAUACGAAAUGCCUAAUGCAUUUAAGAGAAUUCUAUAAAAUAUGAAUGUUAAUUAUACAAGA